AAUUAACUUAAGAUUUAUUUGAUUUUAUUCAAUUAAGUAAGUUGGUAAACGUUUGGUGUAACGACCGUUUUGCCCAGUAAACAAUAAGUACUACUGCAUUUAAGAACAGUAGGUUCUUGAUUCAAGCAAACUAUAUAGAAGAAGAAUAACUUGCUUUAUUUUCAUUCUUAUAACCGUAAUUUCUGGUGCUGGUGCAUUAAGAAAGCUUCAUUGUCCUUAGCUAAGCGCGGGUUACUUCUCUUUUAAGACAAUUUAGAAACGAAAGAUCCAGUCAGUCCUGCUUCAGUUUAUCUUUUCUGUUCGUAAAGACUGUACAUAUAUAACUAUAAUGAAAGUUGGUAUUCAGGGCUGCUGUCAUGGCAUUUUGGAUAAUCUUUACUCCUUGGCUAGCAAACAUAAUGUGGAACUUUUAAUUAUAGGUGGAGACUUUCAAGCAAUUCGAAACUUAUCUGAUUUUCAUGGUAUCUCUGUUCCCCAAAAAUUUAAGCGUCUAGGCGAUUUUCAUAAGUAUUACUCACAGGAGAAGAUUGCCCCUAUAUUAACCGUAUUUGUCGGUGGUAAUCAUGAAGCUAGCAAUUAUCUCGAAGAACUUCCUUUUGGUGGAUGGAUUGCACCCAAUAUUUACUAUAUGGGAAGGUCAUCUGUAAUUCGCGUUGGAAACUUACGAAUUGGCGGUAUCAGUGGCAUUUAUAGCGAAUUUGAUUAUCGAAAAGGCCGAUACGAGCGUUUGCCCUACGAAUAUAAAAUGCUCAAAAGUGUCUACCACACUAGAGAGUUUGACGUGCUUUCUUUAAAAUCCUUUCGUUCUCCUGUUGAUAUUUUCCUUUCGCAUGAUUGGCCUCGGGGAAUUGAACAACAUGGCGACACAAUCAAACUAUUGAAAAACAAGCCUUUCUUUCGUAAGGAAGUCGAGCGAAAUGAUUUGGGAUCUCCAGCGUUAGAAGAAAUUUUAAACUCUAUAAAACCAAGACAUUGGUUCGCGGCUCAUUUGCACACUCGUUUUGCCGCUACUGUUCAUCAUAAGGAUGGUUCACCUCCUGUCCACAAGGACAUUUCUGAGCUAUCCCAUUCUAAGGAAGAGCACAAAAUAACAAAGAAAGCUCGUAUUGAAACGACUCCACAGACCGAUCUUGAACAUGCAAACGAAAAUAAUGAUCACAGUAACGAUACUAGCCAGGCUUGGUCAACUUCUACUACACAAUUUUUAGCUUUAGACAAAUGUCUUCCAAGACGUUCUUAUUUUGAAGUCCUUGAGAUUGACCCUACAGAGUCCUUUCAGGAUGGCGAUCUUUACAUGAAAUACGAUCCUGAAUGGCUGAGCAUCGUCCGAGCAAUGAUGCCAUUUCAAUCAAGCUUAGUGAAGCAGACACCUUUACCAUCUAUGGAUGAAUUACAAAAUUUAAUCAAAAAAGAGAGACAGUGGAUAGAAGAUAACGUUGUCCAGAAAAACAAGUUGGGCAUUCUUCGAAACUUUACCCCAACAGCUCCUUUUCAUUCGAGUGGAAUCACAGAAAAAACUAUUCCUGCAACUUAUGUAAAUCCUCAGACUACUUCCUUUUUACAGCUGAUCGGAUUGCAGCCUGAGUGCAAUGAACCUUUACCUCAACCUUCCAUAAAAAAUAAAGAUGAAAUUGAUUUAUGAGAUACAUUGAGUUGUGGAUUUGGUUAAUUCUCUUCGUCUGAUGCAAUUGUUGGUAUAGCUGUUUUUCUGUCGGAUGAAUGUAUAGUAUAAGAGUGAAAGUAUAACUAGUGAUAUAACAAAACCAAAAAAAAAGCCAAUAUAAAUGCUUCUUGUUUAAUUUAAAG